GCCAGCUCUUGAUCCUUCUGGAGCCUGCUAUGGAUUUUGUGGAUACCAUAUCCAAAGUCGCUCAGCCAAAAUCGACCGAUGCCUCUGGUCUAUUGGCGGAGCUUGGGCUCGACACGAUACCUUCCCGUGAACAGGUCCAUCAGAACCUGAAUGACCGUCUGCUCGUUCCACGAGAGAGACUUCCUGCAAAUUGGCUCAAAGACUAUCAGGUCCAUUGGGAGCAUCCGCUGGCCAUACCUUCGCUAUUGCAGAGUUCGCCCUCAAUACCGCCCACCACUCUGUCCUUCGUCAGGACGGGGCUAGGUGGGCGUGUUACUGGUUACGCAGAGGUUCCGGCGCCCACUGUUCAAACCGGAUUGACGUCAACAUCCAUUGACCGUGCGCCAGGCCCAACAAAAAACUUCGUGCGAGGGAAGUCCGGCUUCGUACCCUUCUGGCCUGGUGGUCUCGAGAACCUUGCCGGUGUGACCGAGGAUGUGGCAGAAAAGUCUGGCCAAGUCAAAGGGCUACGGACUGUGGCGCCAGGAUUGAGUCGUGGACUUCGACUUCCCGGCGAUGAGGAAGAUCCAGAUGUGGUUAACGAGCUUGAUGCCCUGGCACAACAUGACUUUAACGACGAUGUCGCGGAUGGCCAGAUCCCCGAGUAUGCUAACGGUCAUAUUGAUGACUUUGCACCAGCAGCUGGCCCGUCAUCGGAGAUAGACGAUCUUCUACCUACAUCUCGAGCACAACUCAACCCGGUCUCUUCUGCUCGUAGACCGAUAAAGCGCGUCAACGUGCAAAAGCGAGACUGGGCGCACGUCGUGGAUAUCAAUAAACCGAUGAAGAACUUCCAUACCCUGGUCCCUGAAAUGGCUCACAAGUAUCCGUUCGAGUUGGAUACGUUCCAGAAAGAGGCGGUCUAUCAUCUCGAGAUGGGAGACUCCGUCUUCGUUGCCGCUCACACUUCAGCCGGAAAGACCGUCGUGGCAGAGUAUGCUAUCGCGCUCGCCGAGAAACAUAUGACCAGAGCCAUCUAUACCUCACCCAUCAAAGCGCUCUCGAACCAAAAAUUCCGAGACUUCAAACAGACAUUCUCGUCCAGCUCUGUUGGUAUCCUGACGGGAGACGUGCAGAUCAAUCCGGAGGCGAAUUGUCUUAUUAUGACAACAGAGAUUUUGAGAAGCAUGCUUUACAAGGGUGCAGAUCUUAUUCGGGAUGUGGAGUUUGUGAUAUUCGAUGAGGUGCACUAUGUCAAUGAUGCCGAGCGCGGUGUAGUAUGGGAAGAGGUCAUCAUCAUGCUACCAGACCACGUCAACAUCAUCCUACUCUCCGCAACUGUGCCCAACGCAAAAGAAUUCGCAGAUUGGGUCGGCCGGACGAAGAAAAAGGACAUAUACGUCAUCUACACCGCUAAACGUCCCGUCCCUCUCGAACACUACCUCUGGGCCGGACGCGAGAUGCACAAGAUCGUCGACGCAGACCGAAAUUUCCUGGGCCUAGGGUACAAAGAAGCGGGCGAAGCACUCCGUCGAAAACAGGACAAGGAGCGUGAAGCAGCCGGGAUGCCUCCCGUCCAACGUGUAGGCGCACGCGGGGCUGCACCUCAAAGAGGAGGCGGUCAACGUGGCGGUGGGAGAGGAGCUCCCACUGGCCGGGGAGGCCCUGCUCGAGGAGGUCCGCGAGAAGGUGGCGGUGGAGGUGGAGGUGGUUUCACUAGGACGUUCAAUGCGGUAGACAAAAGUCUGUAUGUCCACCUGCUGGGACAUCUGCGGAAAAAGUCGUUGCUCCCUGUGGUCGUGUUCACGCUGUCGAAGAAACGGUGCGAGGAGAAUGCAGGGACGCUUUCGAAUGUGGAUUUGUCGACUGCGGUAGAGAGGAGUGAGGUGCAUGUGGCGAUUGAGAAGGCGGUUUCGAGGUUGAAGGGGUCGGAUAGAAAGCUACCACAGAUCGGGAGGAUGAGGGAUUUGCUGUCGAGAGGGAUUGGUGUGCACCAUGGUGGAUUACUGCCGAUCGUUAAAGAGGUCGUAGAGAUUCUGUUCGCCAGAGGACUCGUCAAAGUUCUAUUUGCAACCGAAACGUUCGCCAUGGGCGUUAACAUGCCAGCCAAAUGCGUUGUCUUCUCUGGUAUCCGAAAACACGAUGGAAAGAGCUUCCGCGACAUUCUCCCCGGAGAAUACACCCAAAUGGCCGGCCGAGCAGGUCGUCGAGGGUUAGACCCAACCGGGACAGUGAUCAUCGUAACGAAUGAUAACCUCCCCGAGCAAACGACGUUGAACACCAUGAUCCUCGGCACGCCUGGGAAACUCAACUCGCAGUUCCGGUUGACGUAUAAUAUGAUACUGAACCUGCUGCGAGUGGAGGCUCUCAAGGUGGAGGAGAUGAUCAAGCGGAGUUUUUCGGAAAAUGCGUCGCAGAAGCUGUUGCCUGACCAGCAGAAGCAGGUGAUCGAAAACGAGAAGGUGCUACAGAAGAUGCCUAAGCUCGAGUGUGACAUCUGUUUAGAGGAUAUCAGCACCUACUACGACGUUUCAGCCGAUCUGGUCUAUAUAAACCAGGAGUUGAUUUCCACAGCCUCUGGGCAUCCUCAGGGUAUCAAAUCAUUGUCGGCAGGACGGGUCGUCAUCCUACGCGACGGACACUUCCGCUUCAGCGCGGCUGUUUUGUUGAAGUCGAUACCGGGGAGUAAUAAGGUAAAGACGUAUUGUGUUCUAGCUUUGGUGGAUCAGGAAACGAAGGAGGGCAAGCAUGACCUCGAUCUCCAAAGUGUACCUCCUCGGGUGCUUCCCACACCUCAAUCGCUCGCGGUCCAAGAUGGCGUCUACGACCUGAGAUUUAUCCCUCUCACGAGUAUAUCCAUGGUCACCAGUCGAAUGAUUAAGGUCGACGUGGACGGCAUCGUGGAGAAACAUUCGAAGACCAGAAUGACGGACGCCAUACUCGCACUCGACACUAUAGUCAAAGAAUGGAUCUCAUCCGGUGCUGUUCCCGAAGUGGACUGGCGAAUACGUUCUUUUGAUUUCCAGCAGAUGCUACGAGAAAAAGACAGGUUGCUCAGACGAGUUGAGAACCCGGCUUGUCUGUUGUGUGCGGACUUUAACCAUCAUUACACUAUUCUUCAUGCAGAGAAGGUGCUCCGGGCAAACAUUGCUAACCUGAAGCUGGCCAUAUCGGACCAGAAUUUGGAGUUGAUACCGGAUUACGAGCAACGGAUAGGGGUGCUGCAGGAGCUUCAAUUCAUUGACCAGAACUCAACGGUGCUUUUGAAGGGAAGGGUGGCAUGUGAGAUCAACUCUGCGAACGAGCUCAUCCUCACGGAGCUCAUCCUGGAAAACACACUGGCCGCAUACGAGCCGGAAGAGGUCGUCGCGCUGCUCUCCUGCUUCGUGUUCCAGGAAAAGACAGAAGUCGAGGCGGUCUUCCCACCCAAACUGGGCGAAGGACGGGACAAGAUCCUCGCGAUCGCGGACCGGGUUGGAGCGGUGCAGGACCGACACAAGGUCCCAGCGGACGACUUCCGAUCGAGUCUGAAGUUUGGAUUGAUGGAAGUCGUGUAUGAGUGGGCAAAGGGCAUGCCAUUUGAACAAAUCACGGCUCUGACGGAUGUGGCAGAGGGAACGGUGGUGCGUGUGAUCACGCGCUUGGACGAGACGUGCAGGGAAGUGCGGGACGCGGCGCGGGUGAUUGGAGACGCAGACUUGAUGAAGAAGAUGGAAGAAGCGCAGAUCAAGAUCAAGAGGGACAUUGUAUUCGCUGCUAGCUUGUAUUUCUAAAUGUAUCCUAGGACUGAGCAUCCAGUGUAGCGUUAUGUGG